ACUGGCCCUGUAAUUUUUACCUGAUCCAAAGCACACUUCCCCUGAAAUCUCUCAACACUGAAAUCUUUCCUCCUUUUCCUCACUUUCACUCAUAAAAUUCACUCUGACGCUAAACUCGCUCUUCCAUGUGAAUGCCACGUGUCCUCCCUCAUACAUUGAGUAGAGUGCUAGUCACCGACUUAACUAUAUGAAACUGCAUUUUGAAGUGUUUAACUUAAUCUUUGAAAAAAUGGAAGAAAAAGCCUUGAAAUUUAUUUGAAAGUCAGAAAUAGGAAAGAAAUUCAAAUCAGAAUCAACGGAUUUUGGCCAAGUGUUUGAUACUGUUUACCGACAAUGAAGGCGAGUGCAGAAACAGCUGUGUUGAAUCCUUGCAUCAUUUCAAUCGACCACAAGAGGGAUGCUUAUGGGUUCUCUGUGCGGCCUCAGCAUGUACAAAGAUAUCAUGAAUAUGCAAAUAUCUACAAGGAAGAAGAGGAAGAGAGGUCGGAUAGGUGGACAGACUUUUUGGAACGGCAGGCAGAGCCUGCUCAGUUGGCCAUAAAUGGGGUGUCUGCAGACGGCAACUCCGGCAAGCCUGGUACUGAAUCAUCCAUGCAGGAUGCAAGCUCCUUUUUGCAGAAUGCAGAUGAAACCAAUAACCAAACUGAUGAAAAGCAUCGUUCUGAGGGUCAUCUUGAAGGUGCAAGAAAGAAGGAUGAUACAAUAACCUCAGUUGAGAGGAAAACUCAUCAGGCCCAAAUAUGGUCGGAGAUUAGACCAACUCUACGUGCCAUUGAGGAUAUAAUGAGCAUUCGUGUAAAAAAGAUGGAAACUUUGGCCAAAAACGAGCAAGACCGUGGUCUGCAGGAGCAUCUUCCUGCAAUUGAAGAGGCUAGAGCCACAAAAGGAGAAUCUGAAGAGGACUCGGACGACGAGUUUUAUGAUUUAGCAAGAUCAGAAUCUUUCGACAGAUCUGAACUGGAUUCCAUGCAAGAUGUUCCUCUAAAUGAAAAUAAUAGCCAUUUGGCUACUAAGGAUCAUGAGUCUUUACCUCCUUGGAAAGAAGAAUUGGAGUGUCUUGUUCAUGGUGGAGUACCCAUGGCUCUCAGGGGAGAGCUUUGGCAAGCCUUUGUGGGCAUGAAGGCACGCCGAGUGGAGACCUAUUACCAGGAUUUGCUUGCUUUAGGCACUAAAUCUGGUAAUGAUGCAGAGUGUAAAAAUAUUGUACCAAAGAGUAAUGGAAGUUGUGUGGACCCAAGCAUAGAUACUGUAUGUCUUCCUGAAAAAUGGAGAGGGCAAAUUGAAAAGGAUCUACCACGAACAUUUCCUGGACAUCCUGCUCUAGAUGAGGAUGGAAGAAAUGCUUUAAGACGUUUACUUACUGCCUAUGCUCGGCAUAAUCCCUUUGUUGGCUAUUGCCAGGCCAUGAAUUUUUUUGCUGGUUUGCUAUUGCUUCUGAUGCCUGAGGAAAACGCCUUUUGGACUUUAGUGGGGAUUCUAGAUGACUAUUUUGAUGGCUAUUACUCAGAAGAGAUGCUAGAGUCUCAGGUUGACCAACUUGUUCUUGAGGUGUUGGUGCGGGAGAAAUUUCCGAAGUUGGUUAAUCAUCUUGAUUACCUGGGAGUGCAGGUAGCAUGGGUUACUGGGCCAUGGUUCCUCUCCAUAUUUAUGAACAUGCUUCCAUGGGAAAGUGUCCUUAGGGUCUGGGAUGUAAUUCUGUUUGAAGGAAAUCGAGUGAUGUUAUUCCGUACUGCACUCGCUUUGAUGGAGCUUUAUGGACCUGCAUUAGUUACCACAAAAGAUGCAGGGGAUGCAAUUACCCUGCUGCAGUCACUUGCUGGAUCCACAUUUGAUAGCAGUCAAUUGGUGCUGACAGCCUGCAUGGGCUAUCAAAAUGUGAAUGAAGCUCGAUUAGAAGAACUAAGAAACAAGCAUCGACCAUCUGUGAAGGCUGCGGUUGAAGAAAGGUCCAAAGGACUUCAAGAUUGGAGGAAUUGUCAGGGUUUAUCUUCUAAACUGUGCGGUUUUAAGCAUGAUCCUGGAUCUAUAGUUGUCGGAACCACUGAAGCAGAUCAGAAAGCUUAUGAACUGACAAAUAGUGAUGCAUCUCAGGCAGAUACUGGAUCUGCUAAUGUGGAUGAACUUUACACGAGCCUUAAUGGUGAUGUGGAAAUAGCUUCUGCGCCGGAUCUCCAAGAGCAGGUGGUUUGGCUGAAGGCUGAGUUGUCCAAGUUGCUGGAGGAGAAACGAUCUGCUGAACUCAGAGCUGAGGAGUUGGAAACAGCAUUGAUGGAGAUGGUCAAGCAGGAUAACCGGCGGCAGUUGAGCGCAAGGGUUGAGCAAUUAGAAAGACAGGUUGCUGAGCUUCGACAGGCACUUGCUGCUAAGCAAGAACAAGAGAAUGCCAUGCUUCAGGUUUUGAUGAGGGUGGAGCAAGAACAGAGGGUAACAGAAGAUGCUCGUAUAUACGCUGAACAAGAUGCAGCAGCUCAAAGACAUGCCUCUCAAGUGCUACAGGAAAAGUAUGACGAAACCAUUGCUUCCCUCGCUGAGAUGGAAAAGAGGGUGGUUAUGGCAGAAACAAUGUUGGAGGCUACCUUGCAGUACCAAUCUGGUCAAGAUAAAGUACUACCUUCUCCGAGAUCCACACAGCAAGAUUCAUCUCCUGUAGGGGGCAACCUAGAUUCAUCACAAGAGAUACCUGCUAGAAAGAUCAGCUUGCUCUCAAGACCGUUUGGACUUGGCUGGCGUGACAGCAGCAAGGGGAAGCCGGCCGAGGAGGUUAAUGACACCAACUCUGUGAAUGAGGAAUGAACGGCCAUCUGUUGGAGGAGAAAGUGCAACAGGCCUAAAGAUGCAGAUUCAUGAGACACCAGAUGUGGGAUAAUGGAGGAAUAAUCUGUCAUCUUUUCUUCCCUUUAUCCACUCCCUUGAGGGCAUUCGUAUAAUCUGUUGCUUGUUCAUUAAAGGUGACAAUAAUCGGUAGAAUGUAAAGCAAAAGGGACUUUUGAUUACUGUAUUUGUAAAAUCGUUCUCAAUUGUAUUCUAUCUUCAAAUGUAUAAAUCACAUUGAUGGAUACAAUACCUUGGGGUAGCAAUAAACGGCUGAAUAAUUAUUUUCCUACUAAGGUCUAUAAUAAAUCGACAGUUUCUAGGUUUG